AAGUGACAUAUUCGAGAAAACACAUAUUGUGAGAACUUUUGAGCUCCAUAGCUCAGUAGUCUCUAUUACAUUGCUAGCUAACACAAAUUUGUUUUCCCACCAUGUCACUAAGAAUAGCUGCGGACAAUUUCCCAACGUUGCCGGUCGGCGAGAUGGAGAAUUUUGUGGUGGUGAGAGAGUAUGAUGAAGGGAGAGACAAGGUGGCUGUGGAGGAAAUGGAAAGAAGUUGUGAGGUUGGCCAAAGGGGAAAGCAUUCACUGGUUACUGACCUUAUGGGUGAUCCAAUUUGCCGAGUUCGCCGUUUUCCAUCUCAUGUCAUGCUAGUUGCUGAAUGUGGUGAUGGAGGAGAGAUAGUAGGGGUGAUAAGAGCCUGUGUAAAUACUGUGAGGACAAGAGAAAGUUCAGGCUAUGUAAAGCUGGCUUAUAUUCUGGGAUUAAGGGUUUCUCCUUCUCACAGGAGGCUUGGCAUUGGCACAAAAUUGGUUCAAGAAAUCGAAGAAUGGUGCAAGCAAAAAGGUGCAGAGUACUCAUACAUGGCCACAGAUUGCUCCAAUGAACCUUCUAUCAAUUUGUUUACCAGGAAAUGCUUUUACACGAAAUUUAGAACUCUUACCAUGCUAGUGCAACCGGUUCAUGCCCAUUACAAGCCAUUAGGCUCCGGCAUUGCCAUAAUUCAACUCCCUCCGAAACUUGCCGAAGCAAUUUAUUGUCGAGUGUUUGCCGAUGCAGAAUUUUUCCCAAAAGAUAUUUGCACGAUUUUGUCUAGUAAGCUAAAUUUGGGCACAUUCAUGGCCGUGCCCAAAAAAGCUCUCCCUAAGUGGGAUCCAAAAACAGGAAUUCUGCCCUCAAGUUUUGCCUUGCUGAGUGUGUGGAACACCAAGGAAGUGUUCAAAUUACAAGUGAAGGGAGUGUCCAAAUUAACGUAUGCAUGUUGCACAGGUACUAGGUUGUUAGAUGCUUGGAUGCCAUGGCUAAGGUUGCCUUCAUUUCCUGAUGUAUUUAGACAAUUUGGUGUUUAUUUCUUGUAUGGACUACACAUGGAAGGUAAAAACGCAUCGAGGCUCAUGAAGGCUCUAUGUGCAUUUGCACAUAAUAUGGCUAGAGAUGAUGAUGGGUGUGGGGCCGUGGUGGCUGAGGUGGCCCAGAGGGACCCAGUUAGGGAGGUGAUCCCACAUUGGAGGAGAUUUUCAUGGGCUGAAGAUUUGUGGUGCAUCAAGAAGCUUGCUGAUGAAAAACUAGACGACGUUGAUCGAAGAUGUGGACAGUCUGAUUGGAUGAAACAUGGAUCUUCUUCACCGGUCAUUUUUGUUGACCCCCGUGAUAUUUGACCAUGCUCUUUGUAACAAUCUUAUACAUCAAAAUAUGAAAAAUGUUUAUAGCCA